AGCCUGGCCCAAGCAAGACCUCGAAGAGGUGUAGCCUCAGCGUAAAGGCCAGCUGCAUUUAUUUGCUUCGCCACGAUGCAGAUGCCACGCCUGCAGUUUCGAUGGGGCAUCAAGCGCAGCAUCACUGGCUUCGAUAAGGACGAAGCCAAGCUUCAUAUCGUGGACAUGAAGGCCUUUGUGGCGGAGCUCCUGGGUACCAUGUUGCUCUGCGUGGUCGGCUGCGGCGCUGCCAUGAUGUAUGGCCCCUCAGAUGGCCCGACGCGUCUCGUAGUGGCCUUCGCCUUUGGUCUCUCCGUGAUGGCCAUUGCCUAUUCUGUUGGCCAUCAUUCUGGGGGUCAGCUGAACCCUGCAGUGACGCUGUCGCUGGCCAUUGGCGGGGCUGUACCGUGGUACCAGGGCGUGGUGAAUUUUGUGGCGCAGAUCGUUGGCAGUUUGUUGGCCGCUGGCCUGCUUUGCGCCAUCUACCCCUGCGAAAUGGACCUUACCACCAACCUGGCCUCCAACAUGCCCGCACCAGGCUACAGCAACAGCCAGGCUCUCAUUGCAGAAGCGAUGGGCACCUUCAUGCUGUGCUUUACAGUGUGGGAGAACGCAGUUACGCCCAUCAGCAGCUGUGGUAAGAAUGCCUGCAUUGCGAUUGCGGGCGCGGUUUUCGUGUCCGUUCUCACCUUGCUGCCCGUGACGGGCUGCUCCAUCAACCCUGCGCGCUCCUUUGGCCCUGCCGUGGUUGCUGCCAUGCGAGGCUGCGACAACUACACGGAUGGAGGCGUCGAUGCACUUUGGAUCAUGUUUCUGGGGCCGUGCCUCGGUGGCGGCAUGGCGGCCCUGUGCCACAAGCCGUUUGUACCCACGGCCGAGGAAAUCGAGCUGAGGAAGAACCCGCUGCCAAAGGAGAAGCCGAUGAUCAAGCCGCAGGGUGUUCAAAAUGUUGCAGACUUGUGAGCCCACAGCACGUGUUUCACGGGUAACUGGCACAGUGGACAUCGGAGCAAGCAAGGGUUGGAUCGCCGAUCUGAAUAGCUGCUUGCAUUGUCCAGGGCACAGAAGGCACGCAA